ACAAUCGCCCUACAGCUGUGCCCUGACAAAUAGCUAUUAGUUUUUCUAUACAGCUGCAGCCGCCGACGCAAACAGAAGCAGGAAAAAGGAAAAAACGGACAACAAAAAGCGAGAACGUAAACCUUUUUGUACUUUUUUAAAUAAUAACAAAGCCAAAAGAUGACUGAUUUGCGCAAUGAGAUGGACAGUGAUCUGGAUCAGAACUACUCGCUAAACAGCAAUGCGGAUCCAAAGAAUAUGCAGGAGCUAACAAUUUAUGUACAAAAUCUCUUGCAGAAUGUGCAGGACAAAUUUCAAACGAUGUCCGAUCAGAUAAUCACACGUAUCGAUGACAUGGGCAACCGGAUUGAUGAUCUUGAAAAGAGCAUUGCGGAUCUGAUGAAUCAGGCGGGUGUCGAGGGAACGGCACCAGAGAAAUGAGUGAAACAAGAUAUCAGUGCCCAGUGCCACGCCCACAAUCAAGGCAUGCAGCACCACAAUCAUAAAUACAUCGAACAUCUACACACACCUAUACCCAUACACACACGCCCACACUUUUGUAACAAUUCCAAAAACUCACAUUCAUUCACAACCCAUGCAAUUGCUCCCAAACUUUAUCCAAGCCACAUUUUGCUCAUUUCAUAUUUUUUGCAUAGUUUUAAGUUUAUGUCAAAAUUUAAGUUAGGUGCAUUUUGAAAAGAUUCAUUGUAAGGCAAUGAUUUGAAAUUUUUGCCUAUACACGUUUUUUUUAUUGUAAUUAAAAAUCAAGAAUUGUACACACCA